AGAUGGAUGGCUCAAAAAAAAGUUUCUGAAUGCAAAUUUGGUUCAGAAUAUAACGAUGACAUUGGAGAAACUAUUCACACUUCACUUGAGCCUGCAAUUUCAAAUAAACUCCUUGAGGAUGCAUUAAAAAAUUGGUUAAAAAAUAUAGAGGACUACGAUGGCGACAGCCUGUCAGUUUGCGAAUUUACAAAUUCAUUUUAUGACUUUGCACAGAUUGCAUCAGGAUCAACUACAGACAUAGGUUGUGCUACAAAUAUUUGCAAAUUUGAGCAGGAUUAUGAGGGUGAUGACGUAGUAAAAGAAAGAAAAGUUCAGUUCACCGUUUGUAAAUUCUGGCCGAAUGUGGAAUCAUUCAAGAAAUUAUACGUAAAGGGAAAGCGAUGUCAUAGAGGUUGGAAAUGCGCCAAACACGGUUCAUUUUGCAAUAGCGAUAAACUCUGUGAAUUCGAAUCGCCUGGGUAUUAUGAUGAAUGUUGUUAUGAGAAAUGA